AUGUCAUAUGAUCGAGCUUUAACUCGAUUUAGCUCAGAUGGAAGAUUAUUUCAAAUAGAAUAUGCAGCUGCGGCUGCUCAUAAUGGUACCACAGUUCUUGCUAUCCAAGCUCCGGGAAUUAUUGUCGCAGCGAUUGAAAAGCGGGAUAUGAUGAAACUUCAAAAACAAGAUUCUUCAAACAAUAUGUGCCUACUCGAUAAGCAUAUAUUAUGUGCAUUUACUGGCUUGCCAGCAGAUGCUCGUGUAUUAGUCGAAAAAGCUCAAUUCGAAGCACAAUCGUAUCGCCUUACAUUUGAAGACGCAAUACCAAUAGAAAAUAUAGCAAGAUAUAUUGCAACUGUACAAUUAACGUACACUCAAAGCGGUGGCGUUCGACCGUUUGGUGUAACUACUUUAAUUUGCGGUUUUGAUCCUUUGGAUAAACCACAUAUAUAUGAAACAUUGCCAAGUGGUAUACUUAGUGAAUGGAAAGCAAGAGGAAUUGGACGCUUUGGUCAUCCAGUACAAGAAUACAUUGAAAAGUACUACGUCGAUAAUUUAUCGGAAGAUGAUGUAAAACGUAUUACAAUUGGUUCUCUUAGAGAAAUUGCUGAUUGCAGACCGAAAAAUAUGGAGGUCGCGAUUAUGAAACCAAAUUCGCCUGUUGUAUACAUGAGCCCAGAAGAGAUUGCUGGAAUAGUUAAGGGAAUUGACAAACCUGAUAAUGUCAAUCUCUAA